AUGGUCACCGUGGCACCUGAAGCGUCUCUCAACGCCCUGCCCCGGGCGGAUGGAUCGGCCAGAUACUCAUAUGCUGGGUACACGGUCACGGCCUCUGUUAAUGGACCCAUCGAGGCUCAGCGUCGGGACGAACAUGCUUACGAGGCUCACGUUGAUGUAAUCGUACGACCCUCUGCGGGGGUAGGAGGAACACGAGAGCGCCAUCUGGAAUCAAUUUUGCAGUCCUCUCUUUCUCAAAUCAUCCUUGUCAAGAACUUUCCCCGUUCCGUCAUCCAAAUUGUUCUUCAAGUUGAGAGCACGCCUGAAAAUGCUUACGUCAACACAAAACUGGUCCAGGCCAGUUUGAACCUCCCCAUCAUACCGGCCUUGUUCCAGACUGCCGUUCUUGCUCUUCUAUCGGCUGCUGUGCCAAUGAAGGCAACCGCUACAUCCACAGUCGUGGCGGUGGUAUCCGACGACGGUUCGAAGAAGAUCGUGGCUGAUCCCUCCCCCAAGGAUAUCAGAGAGGCAACCUCGCUACACGUCCUUGCUUUUACCUCGCACGAUGAACUUCUUCUUUCAGAAAGCGAAGGCGACUUCACCGUCAAGGAAUGGGAUGGCGUUUACGAAAAUGCCCAAAAGAUUUGCUGUCAGACUGCCUCAAAGCAGGACGGUAUCGAUAUGAUGCUUGACGAUGACGCGUCCAGCCCAGAUAUGGGCCAUUUCCUUCGGUCGACGCUGGAGACCAAAGUAGCAUCCGACCUCCACUGGAAGUGA